UCAGGAAGUACAGUCGGCCGUAGCGCAAGACAAUCUGGGACUUGUAGUUUUCUUUCCUAUCCCGUGCAGUAGACGCCCAGCUCUACAGUCUUGCCUGCGAACUACUGCUGGUAUUAGGCCGGUGUCCUACCGUUAAGAUGGCGGCUCCCUUGGUCCUGGUGUUACUGGUGGCCGUUACCGUUCGGGCCGUGCUGUACCGAUCCAGCCUGGCUGGCCUCAUCUCCGAGAGGGUGGAGGUGGCGUCCCCUUUAAAUGCUUGGAAGCGAGUGGUAGAGGGACUAGCCUUGCUUGACUUGGGUGUGUCUCCAUAUUCUGGAGAUGUCUUUCAUGAAACACCACUAGUAAUAUACCUCUUUCAUUUCCUGAUUGAUUAUUCUGAACUGGUAUUUAUGAUAACAGAUAUGUUGACUGCUGUAGCCCUCUAUUUGGCUGUUCAGGACUACAACAAAGUUCUGUUCAAAAAACAGAAACUUCUCAUAGAACUGGAUAAAUAUGCCCCAGAUGUGGCAGAACUUAUUCGAACUCCCAUGGAAAUGCACUAUAUUCCUCUCAAAGUAGCACUGUUCUAUCUCUUAAAUCCGUAUACUGUGAUGUCUUGCAUUGCGAAGUCCACUUGUGCCAUCAACAACACUGUAAUCGCAUUCUUCAUUUUGGCAACAAUAAAAGGUAGUGCCUUCCUGAGUGCUAUAUUUCUGGCUUUGGCAACAUACCAAUCCCUGUAUCCUCUCACCUUGUUUGCACCAGCCCUUCUGUAUUUACUGCAGCGCCAGUUCAUCCCAGUGAAAAUGAAAAACAAAGACUUCUGGUUUUACACAGUGCAGUAUGCAGGGCUGUAUUUGGGAAGCCUGGUGGUGAUUGUUUGCCUCUCCUUCUUCCUUCUCAACUCUUGGGAUUUUAUUCCAUCUGUUUAUGGCUUCAUCCUUUCGGUGCCAGAUCUGACCCCCAAUGUUGGCCUUUUCUGGUACUUUUUUGCUGAGAUGUUCGAACACUUCAGCCUCUUCUUUGUGUGCGUCUUUCAGAUCAAUGUCUUCUUCUACACCAUUCCCUUGGCAGUUAAACUUAAGGAGCACCCUAUGUUCUUCAUGUUUGUUCAACUUGCUAUCAUUUCCAUCUUCAAGUCCUACCCAACUGUAGGAGACAUCGCACUGUACAUGGCCUUUCUUCCACUCUGGAGCCACCUAUAUCGAUUCCUCCGGAACAUCUUCAUGCUUUCCUGCGUACUCAUCGUCUGCUCUCUGCUCUUUCCUGUUUUAUGGCAUCUCUGGAUCUAUGCAGGAAGUGCCAACUCAAAUUUUUACUACGCCAUCACAUUGACAUUCAACGUAGGGCAGAUUCUGCUCAUCUCGGACUAUUUCUAUGCCUUCCUGCAGAGGGAGUACUACCUCACUCACGGACUCUACUUAAUAAGAAAAGACGGAACAGAGGCUAUGCUAGUUCUCAAAUAGUCCCGAUAUCUGACACAACCUGGAGAACAGACUGAACAGACAGUGCUUGGGGCGAGUGGGCGGUUCUGACAGUUGGGAAAGUACCUUUUGCAAGUGGAAAAAGGGCUGCAGUUUGUGUGGGAAUAACCUAAUUUAUACACUGGUGCAAAGAGUUUGGUUCAAAGAACAUAACAGGAUAAGAAGUCUGCUUCUGUGGAUCACCAUCUCUUUUGAAGCUUCUACUUCUAACCAUAUUUUUGCAGAACACAAGUGAUCAGCUCUGAGUACUUCAUCAGGAGUUGGUGAAAAGCAUUUGAACUGCAACAAAGUCUGUAUCUUAUGUACAGGAGCAGACAAGGCCAUAGAUGAUUAUUUGUACAAUUUUUGGGAAUGCUGUUGGAAUUACCUUUCCUCUUUCUGGAAAGAAAUAGCUUCAAUAAGCAA